UAGAGGAGCCUCUCCGCCCAUAGAGUUCCGCCCCGUUGUUAUUCCAUUGGUAGUAGUUGUUCUACUUUACGGAACAUAUCUGAUGCAAAUUGUUUUGGACUCAGUAUCAAGCCGGCCACUCACCGGUGCUGCAGAUCGGUUACGUUCUUUCGGGUUCCAGGCUCCGUGGCGAGCGUCAAGUAGGACUCUUUCCUAACUAGCUCGCGUGGCUCAGUGGUUAGCGUGCUGGCCAUGUAAGGUACCCGGGUUCGAAUCCCGGUGCCGGCUGUGGGGUUUUCCUCAGACGCUUUCAGACAUAUGUCGGCCCCUUAGAAGUCGGCCCAGGACGCAAAUUCUCCUUUCACGAGCUUUCGAUGUACGGACUUGGCUGAGGACUGUGGCAUGAUGCCAUCCAAUAUGCAUGAUCCGUACCGGGAGUUGGAGGCAUACUUGCAACAAGCGCAGGAUGCAGUGGGCAAAGCUGUAGAAGACCUGCUGGCAUCCGAGUCGUCCGACCAACUCUUUGCCGGCUGUCGGAAAAAGUCGUACGACGAAGACGCGACCGAAGAUGCCUUUCAAGGAGUGCCCAGGAAGAGGCGUUCUCAUAGCAGUGACGGGUCGUGCAUAUCUCCCUCCUGUAUGAACGGCAGUAAAACUCAUCAGGUUGAAGAAUGGGAUCCUUACUAUGGCUGGAGUUCAUUAAAUUUCUCUCGACCUCCGAGUGGUGACGCCAAUUUAUUAGCUGUUUACACGGAUCGCCUCGUGCAAGCCGUCAACGGUACCUUCGCUGAAGACAUUCCAGAAAGCGCUGGCGAUCACCACCACGCUACUCGUGUAAAUGGGCUCCAGAAUGACGAACCUCAAGUAGAAACGGUAACUGUGAGUCAUCGCAGACAGGAAGUGAAAACCGUGCCUGAAAAGUGUCUCCAACUGCCCGUGGAAGAACUUGUCUUCUGGCCGUCUGUUUGCGAACAUGAUCAAGUGGCGGCUUUUGCCUCACUCUCACAUAAGUCUCCCUCCUGGCCGACUUUUACAACGGCGAAAUGCGUGGGCGGAGAACCAGUGCUGUGCCGUUCCAAUAGUUAUCCGGGAUGUCUUGGAAGCUGCGCCGUAGACGUCGAAAGGUAUGACUCCCAAGUGAACUUUGACGGUUCCCUCUACAAGAAUCAGCAGCUUUACUACGAUCCCGACGAACGGCCAGAAAAAUGUAUGGAAGAAGACAAGGGUCUCUUUAGUAGCGAUGUCCAGCAGUAUAACCUCGCAGAAGUUGGCGUGCCACCUCUUGAGCGGAUACACAUUCAAGAGCUCGAUACUGUAGGCGGGAUCAUGCCGGAAAUAGAGUUGCGGAUUCAGGAACCAGGUGAUGUUGAAGAACUACCGGAGCUUUUCAUUAAAGAAAAUGACGCUGACCAAGUUCCACUGCGGAAACGUCUCAUCUUGGAUUUGAGCAGCACUUGCGGUGAAGAUCGGCUCAACUCGUUCAGGACACAAUUGGUUGCUGGCAGUGAACUCGCGCCUGGAGCGGUGGAGUUUCAGCCUUUGGUGAGUGACCAGCUGGACUCCCCUGGCGUCUUUGACGGCACAGCGACCUGGUCGUCGACAUCGACGACUCACUCUGGUUCCGUAGUGAGUCGUCAAGACCUGGAAGAAUUCCUCAAGAGUGUAGAGCCACCUCAUGAACCGCCGCCACCUCAGGACGCUGUCACUCAGACGACACCACAGUUGUCACCGAGUUCCAGUUUCACGUGGCUGACCGACUGUGGCCAAGACCUGAGCUCCUCAAAGGAGAGCCUAAGGACGCCAACCAGGACAACGUCUCCCGCACUAUCUUCUUCGUCGUGCGAUGCUCCCUUGACACCGCUCACUCCACGGGCUUCACCCAGUUCCCAAGCCUCCGAUUCGGUGCAUUCCGAAGGGUCCGUGAAUGCUAUCGGUACACCGGUUGCAACAGCCAGUCCUUCUCUACCCACUCUAGUGAAUGGGUGCAAUGGAACGAGCAACUGCUACAGUACAGCGGGGAAAGAUUCUGACACGCGUUCGUUACCACGCCCUGUGUCCAAGACAGCUCCCAUGAGUCGGAGGCAGCCGUUGAACCAGAAGGCCUGCUCCGCUCCCAUGCUAUUGAAACCUCCGAAUACACUGAGCGUCUCUGCCAAGCACGCGGUAAUUGUACCGGGACUAAUAACCUCAUCAGCAUCGAACACGCCGGAAGAGGAGGUCAAGGUGUUCCUUCAAGAGCGCUCUCAAUCUGCCAAGGACGUGAAAGAAGUGGAAGCUGUUCAUGCCUGCGAAUGGCUUCGGCAGGCUGGAUUUCCGCAGUAUGUGCAGAUGUACGAAGACAACACCUUUCCUGUGGAAAUCACGAGCGUCUUGAAGGAUCAUCCCAAUCUGGACCAGGAUGAGCUGCAGUCACUGUUCAGGCGACUCAAUACUUUGAAUAAGUGUGCAAGGAUGAAGAGAGACGGUCUGGUAAAACAAUCGAUCCACCAGGACAGCGACGAGGACGAAGGUCUUGCCCUGAGCAACAACUGGCAAUUCCACCGCGGCAGCCGACGCUGGUCUCGUGUGUCUCCACCAGUCGUCGUGACUCCGAGCGGCACCCAAGAGGCGUACAGCUCGCACGACAGCGUCUUCCUCGACGAACCGAGGAGUAGUCCCGAUAGUCGACUAUCGACGAGCGACGAACGCAUAAUCGGCGUUGGGCCGGACGAAGGUUCACCAGGGCCCAAACUACGACGUAGUGGAAGUGAAAGGAUACGAGAUGCCAUCCUGAAGAGGAUGGACAGCUUCAGGGGUACACGCAGAAGAAAGGAGAGGCCGCAGGAUGGACUCGGCGACCCGAACUCCAAAGGUAUUGCACGGACUAAUCACCUCGGGCCCGAGGGCCACGCGUUGAGCGACUCUGAGUGCUCACCUCAGCUGGAUCCACGAAAGAAACUGAGAGGCUACAAACACAAAGAAUGCUGGCUGAUGACCACGGACAGGAACAGCUUCUACGAUAAUGUUCCGACCACCCAAGUACAAGUUUUAGGAAACGACAAUCGAGUACGGGACAACAGCAGUAUGGGAUCUGGUUCAUUGGGAGGAGGAGAGCAAGAAAGGGUACAAUACAUUCCUGAAAGGAGAGAUUCUGGCGUUGGCUCAUCGCUAACGCGACCUGCAAUUGGUAGCCCGUCGAGUUUCCCAUGGCAUUGCUUCACAACUCCGAGUGAACAGCUUCCAUGUUUAGCCGGCCAAAGAUACGACCAGCUGUCUGCCUCGCAGUUGCUGGUUUUCAGGAAGUUAGCCAUGCUGCGAUUAACGGCGCUUAUGGAGAGGUUUUCCCCUCCAUAUCGUUCAGGAUGGGGAUGGGCUGUACCAAAGUUUAUCAAACGAAUGCGGGCACCGGAUUACAAAGACAAGGCGGUGUUCGGCGUACCUCUCAGCGUGUCGCUUCAGCGAACUGGUCACGCGCUGCCUCUCUCCAUUCAGGGAGCCAUGGACUUUCUUCAAAAAAGUGCGUCUGAUUCGACGGGACUGUUUCGAAAAUCUGGGGUUCGCUCCCGGAUUCAGAAACUUCGCAGCCUCCAUGAGAUGAGCAGUACAGCCAUCGUGUACGAACCCCACCAGGCGUACGACGUAGCCGAUCUGUUGAAGCAAUAUUUUCGAGAGCUUCCCGAAGGGCUGCUUACGAGCAAGCUCUCAGACACAUUUCUUUGCAUUUUCCAACACAUUCCAGAAGAAUAUCGGUUAGAUGCACUACAGGCAGCUAUUCUUCUCAUUCCCGAUGAAAAUAGAGAAGUACUGGAAUCACUACUGAUCUUCCUCGAUGAUAUUUGUCGGCAUGCACAAGAGAAUCAGAUGACGGCAGCCAAUGUGGCGGUGUGUUUUGCACCGUCGUUGUUUCAGCUUGCAGUUCCUCGCAGUGCAAGCACCAGUCCACGGAGGCGAGCUACCACUGUGGGCAUUCCAGACCAACGAGAACUCAGUGAGAACAGGGCUGCUCAUGAGUGUCUCACAUAUAUGAUAGCCGAACAUCGAAAACUAUUUCAGAUUCCUGCGGAAACAAUACAACAGUGUCACCUUGAACUGUUUGAACCAACAACCAUUGAGGAGCUGGGUGGACUCAAAUCAUUCUUGGAUGGCUCUCUCCACGUUUUAAUUGUGGAAGCGAAAGAAAAGAGCAAAGGAUGGACAAUCCAGCAACAUCCAGAGGUAGAACUAGCAUUCAAGAAACCCGGAGAUGGCAUUCCAUUGAGGUUGUGGAGAUGCGCUGUAGAAGUUGAGGCACCACCCGUGGAACUACUUACAAGGAUAUUGCGAGAACGACACAUAUGGGACUCUGCCUUGUUGAAAUGGCGGUUGGUGGCUCGACUGGAUAAACAGACAGAGGUUGUCCAAUACGUCUGCUCCUCCAUGAAGCCGCAGCCACCACGAGAAUUCUGCAUCCUCAGGUCAUGGAGAACAGAGCUUGUGAAGGGUGCCUGUGCCCUUAUAGAACUGUCUGUGAAGCAUCCCGCAGUUCCACAGCGGGGAAUACGUGGUAUCGUCCUCAGCUCACGGUACCUCAUUGAGCCUUGUGGAGCUGGGAAAUCUCGUAUCACGCAUAUUAGCAGGAUAGACUUCAGAGGACGAACACCGGAAUGGUACAACAAAGUGUAUGGACACCUCUCCGCACUGCUGCUGACCAAACUCCGUGACUCUUUUGCUCAACGCACUGAAGGGCCCGAGACCAAACUGACCGUGCGGAACAUCUGAUUGCUGGCAUCAGGAUCAGCGUCAAGAUUGCUGGACCAGGGUGCCGCGGCAGAUGCUCAUCGUAGAGAGUAGAGCCUGCAGCUGUUGCGAUCAUCGGUUGGCUCGACUGCCAAUGCAAACCGACAAUUAAUCAAUCUAUAUGCACCACAUAGGAUUCCUUUUCCUUAUUUUCCGAAAGCAUUGUGAGCAUUUGGAAAGUCAAAACUGCUCUUGUGCCUACAUGGGCUCGAUAUUUACGAGUUUCAGUGAUAACCCACAAGACACGGGGAAUGGCUCAAAAGAUAUAUCUUGCGACGAAACAAAAUAAAUUAUCGUGAAAUAAAUUAAACAAAAUAAUUUGCCACUUAUACAACAGCUAGUUUUCCUGACCCACUUCUACGCAGUUACUUGUAGGAGUAGGUUCCUUGAAGCCAUGCUGGCACGCUCGUAGGUUUCCUGCUCUAGUUUGUUUGCGUUGUACUUCCAGUUUUGCUUAUUUGCUUAUUCGAGACGAUUUGUCUUGGAAGACACAGCAAAAGGUGCCUGAGAGGUGCCAUGCCACCCUACAAAAUGUAAAUGGAAGCAGUACAGAAAUUUGACACUCAAACUAAUAAAAUAUAUAUAUACGAGUGCAGGUUAAUAGUAGUGUCAUAGAGCAAUUCCCAAUACUAAUGCAUGUACAGGUUGGGACAAAAGUUUACGGAAUACGCGAGCGGCAUACUUUUUCUUCCGUGCGACGCCAGCUGGCAGAAGCGGGUGAGUUCACUGUUUCGGAGGGAUGGAAGGGAUAAGCUCUGUGUCGCUAACAGUGCACCCUUCCACACCUCUGAAACAGUGAACUCACCCGCUUCUGCCAGCUGCUAGGGCGUCGCACCGAAGAAAAAGUAUGCUACUCUCGUGUUCCAUAAACUUUUGUCCCAACCUGUACAUGAGAACAUGUGUACCCUGAAUGGUUAUAACUUUACACCAAUAACAGUUUACCAGCACAAAAACAUAAACUUACUCUAGGAGGUGACAACGAAUGAAUAAUUUAAAGUGUCAUAACAGCCGUACAAUCCCUACACUAUACAUUGUUGGAAAUUAUUACUAAUGUUACAAUUACUAAACCAGCUUUAAUAGUUUUAAUUUCUCGGUGUCUCGAGACAUUACCUCGUAAAUGUUCUAAAAUAAUGGGUAUUCAUUCAACAAUUCUAGUAUUUUCCGUCGCAGGCGUUGCUGGCAAUAAUUUGUGCGGGAAUUAGGCCUAGGUAUUGUAUACUUUUCCAGAGUCCACAUGGAUUAACUUUUGUGCAGUACUUUCCCAAAAAAGGCAGGAUUACUUGUACAAGCUGCAAAUAUUUCCUUCGUUACUACUAUAUGAAACUCUGGAAGUUGUGAACACAUUAAUUGUGACCUCUAAUGUACAAUAUACAGUGGGACUUUUACUGACCCAUAAUGUAGGCACAGAAAACCUUCCAGUCACUCAUGGGAAUGUGCUUAUUUCGUAUGGACCACUCUGCCCUGGAGGAGGCUGUUCUUGAAGGUAGAGUGUAAUCCGGAACAGCUUCAGCCAUUUGCUCACAAAAUCUGUUCAUGACACAGAAUGGCUGGAGGUAGAUAACAAUCAUUUUUGCAACUUUCGAGUUCCCAGCGGCCUUUCUUCGCACAGGAAUAAGUCUUUGCGCUUCAUAGUUUCGGUUUUCUCCAGCAGAUUUCUUUGCACUUGGAAGUAGCCCAUUCGAUGUCUCCACAUCUUUUACUAACACAGCGAGUGAAGGAAAUCGCUUCUCAAUGUCGCACAGUCGAAACGCUAUCAAGUGGAUUCGGAGCUACACGCGAAUUCCCGCGGCUGCCUCGGUCUCAACUUGUGGACGUCAAAUUGGGACAACAAAGGCGCUUUGCCUCGUUUCGGUAAUAUAUAAGAAAAAUAUUUGAACGCUGGGAAUAAUGAAAAUUGCUCGCAAAUACUGCUCGCAUUUCAAGUUUUGAAUAUUGGCACGGCUCUACUCUUUGCAUUAAGGGGCUGCUGGGACCCAACAUUUCUGGAAAGUUUUUUUAGGUUAAUCGCGCGAAGAAUCGCUGAACUGUGCUUUUAUAUCGUGCAGUAUAGUUACAGCUGGUGAGCUUAUUUUGAUAUCCUGUCCUCUACUGCCUCCCAAUGCAAACGAUGACAUCCUAUAAUUGUGAAACUUUCCUUUUACGAUCAAACAAAACAAAACAGAUGCCACCUAUCUGCGUGGCAUCAUCAGUACACACUGGCUAAAAGUCUACUUAUCUUUUGCUUUUGGAACAUUUGUUCACAUAUCCUGUAAUUGUUCGCAACAGAAUUGUUUCCACUAGUAACGUCUAGUCCAUAGAACAAAAAAUACCAAAAAAACAGUAAAAUGUGAUUUCAUUUGGUCAUUGUUUGUUGACGCAGUAUACAACCACAUAUCAGUGACAGAAUCCGAUGGUUAGAUGGCAAGUCCCCAAUGUUGCAUAUCUCACACGCAGUUCUAUUUAGUACUGGUCAUUAGGAACUCUGCGAGUCUCUAAUAAAAUGACGUGUAAACGUUCAAACAGUCAUUCUCCACUGUUGGGCACUCUUUCAUAAAACAUUGGUUAUUCAUUUUGGAUUACUCGAAGUAACUCUGCCAGCAUUAAUUUUUAUGUGGUCAUCGGGAAUAUUUCUGUACCCAAAUCACGCAAAAUGUGUACUAAAAAAGUCUGUCCAGACCAGUUACUGUACUUUGCGUCUGCAGAAAAGUGUCCCCACGGCUGUUUAAAAUAACGAGCGCUAAAGCCAGAGGAGAAACUGGUAGUUGCCGAUAUUGACAGCACAAAAGGGAGAUUGCUAGCAAUAAAAUCCAAUUCUAGGUAACUGGCUGCAGGAUUUUUCUUUUUUUGCGUGGCAAUUUUAAACAUAACAUGGGAUAUAUGCAACAGCAACUUUUUUAGUUUAGGAUUAGACUUCCUCUUUAAUUGGAACACUAAUUUAAUAACUCUUCUUUCACUAUAAAAUCAGUAACUUCGGCAUCCGAAUAAGUGCUCUUAGAAGGAUAAUAAAAACUUAUCACAGUAUCAGAUGCUCUUGAUGAAGUGCAAUUAUACACAAAUUACAGGGUUUUCAAAACCAUCAAAAAUUAGUGAUAUCCGACCUUGCCCAUGGUAACAAUGCAACUGUUGAUUAGUAGAAUUUGCUGUAACUAGUUAAAACCCGUAAACCGCCACUUUCAGAACGUUAUGCGCAGCUGCAAUACAGCCAUGUUAUUAAAAGUAACUGGAACUUAGUUACUUUUGUCCAUGACUUCAUACAACAAUGUUGUGCGAUGAUGGUAUGCUGCAUGGAACAUUUUACAGCACAAUACCGAUAUGGAGCUGACAGUUUUCAGCUCAGUGGUCAUGGAAAACAAAUAUAUCUAAACCAGUUCUUUUUGUGUUCCGUAGUAUUGUACAUAUAUUUCAAACGAGCCCUUAUGCUUUUAGUCACUGUUGCACUUUUCAUUAGGGACCACCACCUUUUUUUUUUUUCUUCUUAGUUUACUAGUCACACCUAAUUACUGGCAUGCACAACUGGCUGUUUACCUAGUCAAGGAUGAAUGAAUUUGCAGUUUGUAUGUAUGUAUGUGUAAUUUAUACUUGUUGACACCAGUACAGUGUUAACGUUGUCCAGAUUGAAGGAAUUGAUGGAUAUUUUAUUGGUCAUCUUUCUACCAUCUUGGCAAGGGAAAUCACAACAACAAAAAAAAAAGUUUCACGACUACAGUUUUUCAUGUUGAGCAAAUUUUAUGCUGAAUGCCGUUUAAUGUUGUGUGUUGUUACUUGGAAAACAUGUGCUACUGUUGUUGUGAAUGAUGUAUAUAUGUGACAAAGUUAUUUCGUUUAUGAAUGUACAUAUAGGUUGAUGGAUUCAUAAUCUAUAUCCUGGAUUAAAUAAAUUGCACGCGAUA